AUGGCUGUGGCAGAAGAUAGAUCCAAUCCACGGCAUAACUGGUGGAGCUCUUUCAAGUCGUUUUGGACGAGUAACGAUUUGACUUCAAGCGCGGACGACGGGGAUACCCCUAGAGAAGCGCGACUCGCGGAGGAUGGGGCGGAAGGCGGACGAGGUGAAGGAGGGGAGGGGGGAGAGGGGGAGGGGAGGAAGAAGGGGGAGGGGGAGGAGGAUGAAGGGGAAGGGGGGGAGGGGGAGGAAGGGCAGAGCGGGGAGGAGGAAUACGCAGGAGAGGAAGAAGAGCAGGGGGAAAACGGGGACGCGGAGGUCGACGCGGAAGGGGAGUGGGACGAAGGAGGGGAGAGCGAUGACGAAGGGGAGUGGGACGAGGAGGGGGAGGAUGACGGUGAGGGGGAGUGGGGAACGGAUGGUCUUGGAGGGAUGAGCGCGGAGGAGCUAGAGGGGCUUUGGCGGGCGGGAGACGACGCGGCAGAGGGGGAAGGGGAGGGGGAAGGGGAAGAGGGAGGCGCGGAGGGCUGGACGUUGUCGGAAGAAGCGGACGAUGUGGCGGAAGCGGCGGAAGACGAGGCGGAAGGCAGCGCGCGCAGGGAGGGGAGCGGAGAGCAUCGGACGGACAGAUCUGGAUCCAAUGAUGGGUCAGACGAAGCGGAUGUGACAACAAUGAGCGUAGCGCAAACGCAAUGGACGAGCGAUCUCGCCCUAAACGAGCCGGAGUUCGAAGACGACGGUUCGUUGAAGGCACCGCGGCGUUUGCCGCAGCGCUCCCUCAUCGCAGUCGCCAACGCCGUUAACGGCGGCCGUGGCGUCGUUACGCGUGCGACUCCGAAAUCCAAACCUAGCAGCGGAAAGAAACACAAAUUUCCUUCGAGCGCUGGCAAGAAGAGGAGCGGAAGCUCCGGUGCGCGAUCCAGUUCAGCGAAGAAGCUGCGAAAACAAUUUCGUGCGCGCUUUAAACGGGGAUCGCUGCAGCUUUUGAACCUGCUUUGGAGUAUCGCGGUAAAAGUGAACAAUACGAAGCAGUUUGGGUCGUUGCGAAAGAUCGUAAGCGCGGUGAUUACAACGGGGGUGAUUAUCGCUGCGGAAGCGCUCGGGCUAAAUAUUCCGGAAGGACGCGCGUUUAUUGCGACGCUCGUCGUCGUUGCGCGAUCGAAUGCGACAGGUGGCAACGGCUCCGCUUCUGCGGGAGCUGCCUCUGGCAAUUCGUCGUCUUUGCCGGUACGCACGAGUGCUCAGAUUGUCCUUUAUUUUGUCUUUUUUCGGGUGGUGUUUUUGUUCGGAACAUUUUCUGCCCGCCUUUAUCCUUCUGCACGCUUUCUUUGUUAA